AGCGACCGUCUCUGACUUUACAUCUACAGGGUGGACCAACUAGGAAUGAGUGUCUAAUAGAGUGAAAAUGAUCCACCUGCUCUGUGAAAGGGGUUAACAAAGCAUGCAGAGAUACAGAUGGACUACAGUCAGUAAUUGUAAAACUUCAAAGUGCUUCUAUAUAGUAUGUAGACAGUGAGUGUAGAAACAAGGAGGUGGUCAUAAUGUUCUGGCUGAUCGGUGUAUCUUCUCUUGUUUGUUUUCUGCAGCUCCUCAGCAAAGGUCAGAUCGUUAAGGCGGAGAGGUUCAAUGGAAAUGGGCUGUCGAUGAUCGCUGAAUCAGUCGUCAUAACCAAGGACCUGGUCCCCUCCUUCCGAGUGGUAGCGUACUACCACGUGGGAGCCAAUGAGGUGGUGGCCGACUCCAUCUGGGUCGACUUGAUGGACACGUGCAUGGGAACGCUGAAGUUAUCAGUGAAGGAUCAAGAACAAGAUUCAUUCAAGCCGGGCGAUGGGUUUAACCUCAUCGUGACCGGCGAUCCGGGUGCCAAGGUCGGCCUGGUGGCCGUGGACAAGGCUGUUUUCGUGCUGAACAAAAACAGACUCACUCAGACCAAGGUCUGGGACAUCAUUAAGAAGCACGACACUGGAUGUACAGCCGGGAGCGGUAAAGACAGCAUGGGAGUUUUCUAUGACGCAGGGCUGAUGUUCGAGUCCGAUAAAGCAGGAGGAACCGAGUCGAGAACAGAUCUCAAGUGUCCGAGCCCACCGAAGAGGAAACGGAGAGCCCAGAGUCUUCUUCAGAUGACCCAAACCCUGAGUGGAAAAUACAGUGGCGAGAUAAAGAAGUGCUGUAUAGACGGAAUGAAACAGAACAAGCUAGGCUACUCAUGCGAGCGGAGGGCUACGUACAUCCUGGACGGCCCCGAGUGUGUCCAGGCCUUCCUGAACUGCUGCAAGGAGAUGGAGAACAAGAGAAAACAAGAAAACAAAGAGCAGAGGCUGGCGCGAACCGAGGAAGACGACGACGAAUUCCUAAACGAAGAUGAAAUCACCAUCAGGACGCAGUUUCUCGAGAGCUGGCUCUGGGAGGACAUAACACUGCCAACCUGCGAAUACGGCAAAUGCGAGACAACGAGUUUCACCAUCAACAAAAACAUGAUAGACUCCAUCACUACCUGGCAGUUCUUGGCCAUCAGUCUGUCCAAGACCCACAGCAUCUGCGUGGCUGAUCCUCUCGAAGUGGUGGUCUCCAAGAGUUUCUUCGUGGAUCUUAGGCUACCGUACUCUGCGGUGCGCAACGAGCAGAUCGAAAUUAAAGCCAUUCUGCACAACUACUCCAGGACAAAACAAAGGGUGAAAGUGAACUUCCUCGAGACGACAAACAUUUGCAGUGGGGCCAGUAAGAAGGGCAAGUACACUACCAUAGUUUAUGUCGACUCCAUGUCUACCAGAGCCAUCCCGUACGUGAUCAUUCCCAUGGAGAUCGGUGAAUUUGAUAUAGAGGUACAGGCGAUGACUCCAGAUUUCAACGAUGGAGUAAAAAAGCUUCUGAAAGUGGUGGCUGAAGGCGAACUGGUUGAGAAGGUGCUGCUAAACGAGGAGCUAAAUCCCUCAAAAGCUGCCGGUGGCAUUCAGCGCAUGGAGGUGAGAGGUUCCGAACCAGACGGGAGGAUUCCAAAAACGCCUGCUAACACAUACAUCACCGUGUCCGGUCAGGAGAUAAGUCAGACGAUUGAGCAAGCUAUCAGCGGAGACUUCAUGGGGCGUCUGAUCGUGCAACCCUGCGGCUGCGGCGAACAGAACAUGAUCAUCAUGACGCUGCCUCUUAUCGCUACGCACUACCUGGACAGCACCAAUCAGUGGGAGUUUGUUGGCAUGCAGCGCCGCGAUGAAGCUGUCAAACACAUCAAGACAGGUUAUGAUCAAGAGCUGGCUUACCGUAAGCCGGACGGAUCCUAUAGUUCGUACACUCACCACCCCAGCAGCACAUGGUUGACGGCGUACGUGGCUAAAGUCUUUGCGUUGGCCAGUGACAUCAUUGCCGUAAAAGAUGACGUUCUCUGCAGCGCCCUUAGAUGGCUGAUUCUAAAUGGGCAAAUGCCGGACGGCAUGUUUAAAGACAGCGCCCCGGUGAUCCAGGGCGAGAUGGUCGGUGACGUGAAGGGUAAGGACGCUGACGCAUCUCUGACGGCUUUUGUCCUCAUAGCCAUGCAGGAAGGGAGCAGGCUCUGUGAGAACUCAGUUGCUAGUCUUCCCGGAAGUAUGAAAAAGGCUACUGACUAUUUGGAAAGGAGACUUCCUACUCUGACCAAUCCGUACGCUGUCGCCAUGACUUCUUAUGCCAUGGCCAAUGCGGGCAAGUUUGACAGAGACCUCCUGAUGCGGCAUUCUUCUGAAGACGGUACUUUCUGGAGAGUUGCUGGACAGCCUCACUUUUCCGUGGAGGCUACAGCCUACGCCCUCCUGGCGCUGGUGAAGGUGAACGAUUUUGAAGGUGCAGAAAAGGCUGUGAAGUGGCUUAACAGGCAAAGUACUCAGUACGGGGGCUACGGUACCACCCAGGCAACCAUCAUGGUCUUCCAAGCUGUGGCUGAGUACUAUAAGCAAGUGAGAUCGUUUCAGAAUGUGGACUUGAACGUGGAGUUGUCCGUGAGCACGCGCAGCAAACCCACCAUAUGGAGCAUCACCAGGAGCGACCUGCACCUCUUGCGCUCGGACAAGGUUUCGCUCAGUGCUAACUUUAACCUUACCGCUCAGGGAACCGGCGUGGGAUUUAUUAAGGUGGUGACGCUCUACUACGCCAGACCUCUGGACAACCCAGGAGACUGCAAAGCCUUUGAUCUCUCGGUUAGGAUGGAGGAACAACCUUCAGAAAAAGAGGAAGAAAAGUUCUUGGUGACCAUCGAUUUUGUGUACAAAAAGGAACGAAGGGACGCCACUAUGUCUAUUCUGGACAUCGGUUUGCUGACAGGAUUUGUGGUGGAUAAAGAAGACCUUAAAUCUCUAACCACCGGCAAGGACCAAUACGUUCAGAAGCUUGAGAUGGACAAGCAGCUUUCAGAAAAAGGCUCCCUCAUCCUUUAUUUAGAUAAGGUCAGUCAUAAAGAGCAAGAACGAAUUGUUUUCAGCAUGACCAGAGAGACUAAAGUCGGUUAUCUUCAACCCGCCGCGGUCUCUCUCUACGAGUACUACUCUCCAGAACGAUGUGUGAAGUACUACCAUCCAGAGAAGAUAGAUGGCGCCCUGAGAAGAUUGUGCAUUGAGCAGGAGGGCUUGUGCCAGUGUGCUGAAGAAAACUGCAGCUACCAGAAGAAAAAUAAUAUCAGCGAUGACGAGCGGGAGACGGAAACUUGCAAGCCUGGGAUGGAUUAUGUGUAUAAAGUGAGAAUAAUGAGUAUGAACCAUACACACACCAUCAGCUUCUACUACAUGAAGAUCCUGGAGGUCCUGAAGGAAGGUUCCGACGCUAACGUGCAUAAUCAAGAGCGGCGUUUCAUAGGUAACCCCAACUGCGUCGAGUCUUUCGGAUUUGAGGAAGGAAAGACCUACCUCAUCAUGGGAAGGAGCAGCGACCUGCCGAUGGUGGACAGAAAGUUGCUGUACAUCCUGGGCGAGCAGACCUGGAUCGAAUACUGGCCCACCAGGGAGGAGGGUCAAACCCCGGAGCACGAAGACAGAUACGUGGGGAUCAGUUCGAUGGCUCAGACUCUCGCCGACUUUGGAUGCACCACAUAAACUUAUUUAAACUCAACAGAUUUACGUCUUUAUUAUCGUUGUUUUUUUAUUGAAAAAAUUAAGCUGGAUUUUAUUUUUUAGCUGGAAAUUAAGCUUCCUUUUGAAAUGUAAGAGCUUUCAGAUAUAAAACUGAUAUAAAAUAAAGUAAUAAAUCAACUGAA